AUCACUAUAAUACCUCGCUGGCUGCCCUUGCUCGUCACAUCCCCAGUCUCUUGCAUCGCCUGGUUUGCCUUGUUUGUAACACUAUUGUUCAGCGGUACUUUCUUGUAUUCCAGUGUUUUCCUCUUCCAAUUGCUUUCGCCGCCACUCGACGCGCGCCUUUCUUGCACUACUAGUCGUCCAUCACCCGCCUGACUGCCUUUCCACAUCCGGCAUAUGCAUAUACGGUAAUACGACGGUACCCUUUACAUCCAACCAACAACAACAAACCAACAACAACAACGGGCAUGUCGUCUCUACCAUGUCUAGGAGCACGGCUCCUGCUGCCACUGUCGGCUCUGCUCGUCCAACCCAUCCUGGCAACAAGCCCAUACACCAGCAGCAUGAGCGAAACACCAAAAGACAACAACCCCGACUGCGAUUGCUACGUUGUAGAGUCGGGUGCAAACUCACAGACACCAGAGUACUUCCAGUACUACCGCUUCUACGACUUCCGCGGCCUCCCCGGCGCACUCGACGCUUCGCCCCCGCCCAUUAACACUUCCGACGCGGCUGGCAUGCUCUCCACCUGGCAGCCCGACCUCUUCAACAGCGACGCCUGGAACUUUGACUGGGGCAUCCAAAACUGGAGCAAGCCCGCCACGGCCGACUUCCCCGUCCCCAUGAACAACUCGCCCGCAAACGUCUACCUGGGAGCCCAAGACUCGACUGCCUACCUCGGCCUCCGCACCGCACGCCUCGACGACUACCAAGUCUCUGGCGAAAUCGAGAACCAGCAGAAGAAUCUCAUGCACGCCUCGCUCCGCAUGUACGGCCGCGUUGUCGGCGCCAAGGGCGCCGUCGCCGGCUUCUUUACCUUUUAUGACGACACCAACGAAUCUGACAUUGAAAUCCUGACCUCGGACCCCAAGGACAAGAUCAGAUAUACCAACCAGCCCUCGGUCGACAAAGGCGGCAACGAAAUCGCCACUGCGUCGGUAGGACCCGACAAUCUGCCUCGCUGGGACGACUGGCAGACGCACCGCAUCGACUGGCUUCCCAAGCAGAGUUUCUGGUUCCUUGACGGCAAGCAGGUGGCGGCCAACGACUACUCGGUGCCGCGCAAACCUAGCUUUCUCGUCAUGAACAUGUGGAGCGAUGGCGGCGAGUGGAGCGGUAACAUGACCGUGGGAGAUGCCGCCGAGUUUCAGAUCCAGUGGAUCGAGAUGACCUUCAACACGUCUGGGCCGUACGCGGGCGGGCCCGAGCAGAGGAACCAGAAGAGGCGGGCAAUGGAGAGCGAGCCAUUGUGGGAUAUGGGAAGCAUGCAAAAGCGAAAGAGCAAGCACUGUGGCACCGUGUGCCGAAUCGACGGUGUCAAGCAGGUCGGCCACCCGGAAGUGGCACACAAGGGAGCCGCCGCCAGUGGCAUGCGUGUUCCCUGGCAUCUUAUUGCUCUUGUUGCUCUUGCUGUCGUCUUUGUUGAUAUUUGA